AUGUAUCUCGGACUGGAUCUUUCGACUCAACAGCUCAAGGGCAUCAUUCUGGACACAAAAACGCUGGACACGGUCACACAAGUCCAUGUGGACUUUGAGGACGACUUGCCGCAGUUCAACACCGAAAAGGGCGUCUUUCACAGCUCUACAGUGGCCGGAGAAAUCAAUGCUCCUGUGGCAAUGUGGGGGGCAGCUGUGGACUUGCUGAUAGAGCGUCUGUCAAAGGAAAUAGACCUUUCCACGAUCAAGUUUGUGUCGGGCUCGUGCCAGCAACACGGCUCUGUUUAUCUCAACAGCAGCUACAAGGAGGGCCUGGGUUCUCUGGACAAACACAAAGACUUGUCUACAGGAGUGUCAUCCUUACUGGCGCUCGAAGUCAGCCCCAAUUGGCAGGAUGCAAGCACGGAGAAGGAGUGUGCGCAGUUUGAGGCUGCAGUCGGCGGUCCCGAGCAGCUGGCUGAGAUCACUGGCUCUCGAGCACAUACUCGUUUCACCGGGCCCCAGAUUCUCAAGGUCAAGGAACGCAACCCCAAGGUAUUCAAGGCCACGUCACGGGUCCAGCUCAUAUCCAACUUUCUAGCAUCUCUGUUUGCCGGCAAGGCGUGCCCCUUUGAUCUUGCUGACGCCUGUGGAAUGAAUCUGUGGGACAUCCAGAAUGGCCAGUGGUGCAAGAAACUCACAGAUCUCAUCACCGAUGACACCCACUCGGUCGAGUCCCUCCUUGGAGACGUGGAAACAGACCCCAAGGCUCUACUGGGCAAAAUCUCGCCCUAUUUCGUCUCCAAGGGCUUCUCUCCCUCUUGUCAGGUGGCACAGUUCACAGGCGACAACCCAGGCACUAUGCUGGCUCUCCCCUUACAGGCCAAUGACGUGAUUGUGUCUUUGGGAACAUCUACGACCGCCCUCGUCGUAACAAACAAGUACAUGCCCGACCCCGGAUACCAUGUGUUCAACCACCCCAUGGAGGGAUACAUGGGCAUGCUGUGCUACUGCAACGGAGGUCUAGCACGAGAGAAGAUCCGAGACGAGCUUGGAGGCUGGGACGAGUUUAAUGAGGCGGCCGAGACCACCAACACAGUGUCUGCUGACGAUGUCCAUGUUGGCAUCUACUUUCCACUACGAGAAAUCCUUCCUCGAGCAGGUCCCUUUGAACGACGUUUCAUCUACAACAGACAAAGUGAACAGCUUACAGAGAUGGCUUCUCCAGAGGACUCACUGGCAACCGAACACAAACCGCAGGCUCAAAAUCUCAAGGACACGUGGCCGCCACAAAUGGACGCCACUGCCAUCAUUCAAAGCCAGGCCCUCAGUAUCAAAAUGAGACUCCAACGCAUGAUGCAUGGCGAUAUUGGAAAGGUGUAUUUUGUGGGAGGCGCCUCGGUCAACACUGCUAUCUGCAGCGUAAUGUCUGCCAUCUUAAAACCAACAAAGGGCGCUUGGAGAUGUGGUCUGGAAAUGGCAAACGCUUGUGCCAUUGGAAGUGCCCAUCACGCCUGGCUUUGCGACCCCAACAAGACAGGCCAGGUACAGGUUCACGAAGAAGAGGUCAAAUACAAGAAUGUGGACACAGACGUGCUACUCAAGGCGUUCAAGCUGGCCGAAAACGCCUGCCUGGAGAAAUAA